GGCUCCCCUCAGCGCCGCCGGGAGGAUGGCUGCGCUGGGGCGCGGGGGUCCCAGCCUGCUCCAGCUCACCCUGGCUCUGAUCAAGCCGGACGCCGUGGCCCAUCCCCUGAUCCUGGAGGCCAUUCAUCAGCAGAUCCUGAGCAACCAGCUCCUUAUCGUGCGCACGCGAGACCUGGUCUGGAGGCGGGAGGAUUGCCAGCAGUUUUACCAGGAGCAUGCAGGGCGUUUUUUCUACCAGCGCUUGGUGGAGUUCAUGGCCAGUGGCCCAAUCCGGGCCUACAUCCUGGCUCACAAGGACGCUGUCCAGCUCUGGAGGACCCUCAUGGGGCCAACUAGGGUGUUCCGAGCUCGCCACGUGGCCCCCGACUCUAUCCGCGGGAGCUUUGGCCUCACGGACACACGCAAUACCACCCAUGGCUCAGACUCAGUGGUGUCUGCCCGGAGAGAGAUUGCGGCCUUCUUCCCUGAUUUCAGCGAGCGCCACUGGUACGCAGAGGAGGAGCCCAGGCUGCGCUCGGGUCCUGUGUACUAUGAUGCAGAGGGAGGCGUUCACUGUGUGGCCAGAGGAGGGGAGGCCUCGGGUGGCCUGGAGCCUCCAUCCUGAGGCGAACGAGAGCUGGGUCUCCUCCUUAUCAGUGCUUCCCGGGGACGAGAGACAGGGGCUGGGUCGAAGGCGUCCCUGUCGAUGAACUUGCCUGAACCUCAGUCUCCCCUUCUGCGAAAUGGGGAGCGUGGUCCAGCCUAGCAGGGCUGUUGGGAGGAGGAGCGAGAUCACAUGGCUGCGGAAACGUCCAGCCUGACCCUGGCUGCAGACAUGCCCCUUCCUUCUUCUCUCUCACUGUCCCCCAUCGCCCCCCGCUGGGCUCCCGGGGCGGGGGAGCGGCUCCCCGCUGUGCCAUUCGUGUCUCCAGCCCAGCCGCCCUGGCCGUGGCUACCCACGGACCUCGCAGGUCAUCAGCCCCUUCUCUCCACCUUAGCCCCUGUGGCUUCGACCUCGUUAGCGACAGAGAUGACCCUUCCCCCUCAAUCCUGAAUGCCAGGAAGUCCUUCUCAGACCCUCACAUCCUGCCCUUCUCGAUCCCCUGCCCCAGGCUGUCCAGCACAGGAAUUUAGAGCUGGCCAGGACCAUGGGCCGCUGCCUCUGUUGGACCUCCAUCUGGGGAAGGUCCCCCCUGGGGCCGCCCUCCCCUGAAGGAGAGCCCUCCUAUGAUGGGAAGGACCCUGCCCCAGCCUGGCUGCCUUGGUGUGGGUCCUCAAGCUGAGCCCCACGGCCUUCCUCCCGACGGGCUCAGCGUGGAGCAGCUCCUGCCCGCCCCUUCCUGAAGCUCACAGCCCGAGAGAACGCCCAGAUCUUUUCUGGUCAUCUUGGUUCUGUCCUAAGAGUGGAGCAGCCCCCCACGCCCCAUUUCCAGUGGGGACCCCGUAGUCUGAGGCCCCCACUGUUGGCAGGCUCCUAGGAUGUCCUGCAUGGUCACCCGCCUGCCUUGUGUGGCUUGGGCUCCCGCCCCCUUGUCUGUACGGGCCAACGUUUCUUUUCGGUCUCCCCUCCAGCACUGGCUCCACUUGCCUCCCCAAAUACCAAUGUAGCUGUCUGUUGGCCUCUGGUCCCCCGUCGUAGGCCCAUCCCUGAGGACCGGAGUCCUGCUGGGGGAGGCUGGGACGUGUGGACCUUCAGGUUCUGGGGUCACCCAAGCACACAGCUCUGGUCUCAGUUUCCUCCCAGCCCCGAUUCUUGAUGCCUUCCCAGGCGUGGAUAGAAGCCUAGUACAAGUGCUUUGUGGACUGCUGUUGUCCUUUGGACGGUCCUGAGCAGCUUGAGGCCCAGCGGUCAGACGGUAAUGAACUUGGGAGUGGGGGGGAGUGGCGCGCUUGGCUGUCCCGGCUGCCUCUCUGUGUCAGCCCCGCCUUUGUCCCCUGGAGGAGGCCAUGUGAGCCCGGGCAGGAUGGCACCGGCUGGUUCUGGGAGCGGGUGCAGGAAAAGGAACAGAGGCUUUUCUGGGUGUCCACGGAGCCCUGACGGACCUGGGCUCUGAACCGAGCAGGGGGCUGGCUCCGUGUUCCACAAAGUCUCUGAAUGGAAGAACUCUUUCUUAGAGCUCUGGUGCCCUGAGGAGCACUGAGUGACAUCUCCACAGAGACUUGUGAAGAGAAUUUGUCAUCUUGGGAAAGAGUUACUGAGCAGGCCUGGCCCCCAGACCCCAAGGCAUCUUUGGCCAGGUGUUCUAGUGAGGUUGCUGAGACAGGAUGGGGAGCAGCUGAUUUCCUGGGUUCAGAUAAUGGUGAUUGACAAGUUUUCAAGACUGAAUUUGACAGGAAGUUUCACAAAGCAUGAACGUUAAGUUCUGAAUGUGGUUUGGAGGAAUAAAAUGUCACAGUGGUCCAUGUGCA